AUGGCGUUUCGCCCACCGAGCCUGGCCCGGCACUUUGGCCGCCAGACGACCUCUCGUUCCAUCAUCACACCUACACGAUCUAUCUCUACAAGCGCAAGCCAUCGUUCUUUCAUCCCGCGUAGCACAAAUUCGGACCGCUGCCUGUGCUCCCGAUUUCGCACCCAAGCUUCGGCCCAGAUAUUCACCUCAGCAUCUCGUGGUGUCUUCACGGCUUCACCGGGUCUGGGCCGGCGCUAUGCCUCUACAAAUUCGUCUGCAGAACCAACAGGAGAGUCCGGAAUAGUCGGAGCUCCUGAUAUCACCAACUAUUACACCAUCUUCCCUCAAACCAUUCCUGCGGGCCCUCCUCCCGCUUCGCCCUUCUCCAUCUCAAUCGCGGAUCUCCGCCGCGAGUUCCUACAAUUGCAAAACAGGAUUCACCCCGACAAAUAUCCCGCCGGUGAUGCAAAGCAGCACGCCGAGGCGUUAUCGGCCCGUAUCAACGAGGCAUACCGAACACUUGCCGACCCACUCCAGCGGGCACAGUACCUCCUCCGAGAAUGGCACGGCAUUGAUGUGACGGCCGAAGACGCCGCGACGAAGCAUGCCCUCGACCCGGAGACACUUAUGGAGGUGAUGGAGGUGCAGGAGACCAUUGAGGAGGUGGGCGCAACGCCCGAAGGAGAAGCCGAGAUCAACGCUCUCAAAAUUGAUAAUGACGCGCGUAUUGGUGUAUGUGUCGGGGCGCUAGCGGGAUUCUUUGACAAAGGCGACAUUGAGGCGGCGCGGAAGGAAUGCAUUCGGCUGCGCUUCUGGUAUAGCGUUGGCGAGGGAUUGCGCGAGUGGGAGCCCGGCAACACGGAGAUUCGGCUGGUGCACGGCAACUGA